AGCAGUUUAAAUUUAUUUACUAUGGGCUAAUGCCCCGGGGGUGAGAACGUGCUCUCGUCUUCCAAAGACGAUGGCUUGGGGGGAAACUGCACAUAACAAACUUCAGGUAACAAUCUCCGAGGCAAUUUGUUCCUUUUUCGAGGUUUGGUUUUAUUUUGCUUCUUUUGUUUAUUUAUUUAUAUUUUAAAGCUGCUGAAACAUGAGCGGCAGCUGAACCAGCAAUGAAGUGCGGGAGCAGCUGGAGCUGCAGCAAAUGGGUUUCUUUCUUAGUUUAAAUUUUCUGUAGCAACCUGUAACUAAAUUCUCUAGAGAAUUCUCUCCUGGGGGAAGAAAAAAAAAAAACCCAAAGGCUAAAAAGCUCCUUGUUUUAAAGACUCAGGCUCACUCUCCUCACUGAAGCAACUUUGAACCACAGAGAGGCCUCUCGUUAACCCUUUCUUGUGCUUGGCUGCCGGGACGUGUCACAAGCUACACGCUGCACAAGGGAAGAUUUGGCACAUUUUGCCCAUGGAUUCGCAGCUCCAGGCACAGCACAAACAAGAGACAAAGACAAAAAACAGCCGGAUUUAAGCCGAGCAAUCUCCACCAACCCAUCUUCCAGAUGCCGCGAAUUGCCAUGGCUCAAUGGAAUUGAUCACCAAGGAGCUGCAUCAAAUUUGGAUCAACCCUUUUUCUUCUAAAAAGCAGCGAAAAGGAGCUGGGUGUGCAGCAGGUGUUAGCGAGAGAUGGGGAGAGGCUGCCCAAAAGCUGGCUCGUUUCUCAGGAACCACCAGGACCUGCCAGAGGAUCCUUUCAUAGCGUUUCAUCUUGACAAGGCACUAGUAAGAAAGUACAUGGGCCCGCUCUUAAUUGGGGAACUGGCACCGGAUCAGCCCAGCUUUGAGCCCAGCAAGAAUAAAAAGCUGGUAGAAGAUUUCCGUGAACUCCGUGCAGCCGUGGAGAAGAUGGGGCUUCUCAGCCCCAACCCUGCCUUUUUCAUCCUGUAUCUCUGCCACAUCUUGCUGUUGGAUGUUGCCGCUUGGCUCGUCAUCUGGUAUUUCGGAGCAUCCACGGUGCCUUUCCUCUGCUCGGCGCUGCUCCUCGGCACUGUCCAGGCCCAGGCUGGCUGGCUCCAGCACGAUUUUGGACACCUUUCAGUCUUUAGCAAGUCCAGGUGGAACCACUGGGUGCACAAGUUCGUCAUCGGCCACCUGAAGGGAGCACCAGCCAGCUGGUGGAAUCACCUCCACUUCCAACACCAUGCCAAACCCAACUGCUUCCGAAAGGACCCCGAUGUUAACAUGCACCCCUUAUUCUUUGCUUUGGGAAAAACACUCUCGGUAGAGCUUGGUGUGCAAAAGAAGAAAUUCAUGCCUUAUAACCACCAGCACAAGUACUUCUUCAUCAUUGGUCCUCCAGCUCUGGUGCCUCUUUACUUCCAGUGGUAUGUCUUCUACUUUGUGGUCCAGCGGAAACAGUGGGUGGACCUGGCCUGGAUGCUGACCUUCUACAUCCGAUUUUUUCUCACCUACUUGCCCUUGCUGGGGGUGAAGGGUAUCCUGGGGCUUCACCUCUUAGUCAGGUUUAUAGAGAGUAACUGGUUUGUCUGGGUUACACAAAUGAAUCACAUCCCGAUGCACAUUGAUUAUGAUAAGAACGUGGACUGGUUCUCCACCCAGCUCCAGGCAACGUGUAACGUUCAUCAGUCCUUUUUCAAUGAUUGGUUUAGUGGACAUCUGAACUUCCAAAUCGAGCACCACCUUUUUCCUACGAUGCCUCGGCACAACUACUGGAAGGUGGCCCCGCUGGUGAAGUCCCUGUGUGCCAAACACGGCAUUGAGUACCAGUGCAAGCCGUUGCUCACCGCCUUCGCGGACAUCGUGCACUCUUUGAAGGAUUCAGGGGAGCUCUGGCUCGAUGCCUACCUACAUAAAUAAGCAGCAGUGGAUCCUUACAGAGGAAUUCCCCACCCUUGUUGUCUCCUGUGGGGAAGACCAUGAAGAUACAGCACAGAGGAGAGAGCUGGCUAAGCCAGAGGUGGGGAGGUGGUGCAGCUUAUUCCAGUGAUGAAUGUGAUUAAUAUGAUCUUUUUUUUUUUUUUUUUUUUUAAACGACAUGUUCUUAAUUCUUCUUGUGCUUCUUUCAUUCCUCUUCUCUGGUGCUGAGUUAUGGGGAAAAGGUGAAUGGAGGAGGUUACGUUCCAUCAGGCUGGAGGCAACUUUGGAACUGGGGGCAGAUUCCUUUCUGUCUGCUGAUACUUCAUUUGCUGAGUAUAUAGGUGGGAAAUCUCUUCUCUAACAUAGACUUUUCUGAGGUGGCUCUCGUGAUGAAUGUAGUAAGAAAGUUGAGACAGCAUGAAAUCAAAGCACAUGGCAAUUAUUGAAAUGUGGAAGCAACAGGGAGUUGUGUAGGUACAGUAUGUUCAAAUACCUAUAUCUAAUUAACAACAGCAAUAGAAGUUCAAAACCGAGGGGCAGCGAGGAGCAUGUGAGAGCCCAAACCAAUUUGUAUAUAUGUGGGUGAGGUGGAGAAGGUGCUGGCAGCAGUUCUGUAGGAAAUAAUCAUGGGGAAAAAGAUCUAAUUAGAGCCCUAAUCAACAGGAAAGAGGAGGUUCUUCCCCAGGCACAUAGAUGUGAGAGCUCAGCCAUGUUCUGUGCAAAUGCUGCCCUCUACAUCUCCUCUGUGGUGAAGACCUCUGGGUUAUUUGCCCAUUUGUAACCUCCCAUGGAGUCUCUGCACGUGGUUUCCACUUCUGGGUGUUAUUGAACCCAUUCCUGAAAGACAGAAGAGGCAGAAAUAUGGCACGUCCGUGCUUGGGAUCCCUACAAGGGUUAUUAAGGUGGUAAAAGGGUCACCUGAAGCUUCACUCUUUUUGAGUGAUUAGUUAAGCAGAGAACUUGUGGCCCACGGAGCAGGAGGUAUUCCCAUCCGAGCUGCAGUCAAAUUUAAUGAAGAUAGAAAAGUGUCAGGGGUUAGGGUGCUGGUUAAAUGCAUUUAACUCUUCAACCAGCAGAAGUCAGCAGGCUGCAUAACCCCGUAGGUACGUGUCAACCAACACAUUGCUGGUCUUUCUCCUUUGGAUGAUGUGCCUUCAAAACACACCCUAAAAGGUCACAUGCUAUGCGAUUUUUGGGGUGUGAAUUAGCCUUACAGUAUUUUCCUGGGGUCUUUUCAUUCACUACACCAACGUUACAGAUGCCAAACCAGGAUAUGACACCUGGUGUAGCACUAAUGAAGAUGGUUCCAUCACCCUGUUACCUCAGUGAUGGGUGGUUUAGUCUCCAGAAGGGGUGAGUUGAUUUUGGGGAAUAUAUGGUGCUUUUUCUGAUUAAUAUCCAAAAGGAGGAUGGCUCGUGAGGUAAUAGAAGAAACGCAUCUUCCCAAGCCAAGUGUGUUGUUAAGCACAGAGUAAAAAUGUGAUGGGAAUAAUAAGAUAAUCGUUAAAUCAUUGAUACCUGUUGAUAACAACUAUAAAGGAAAUGGGCCUUAGUUGCUCUUUUACCUUGUUUUUUUUUUUCCUGCAUUUCUUUCCCUCUUAUUAUUAGAAUUGUUGAUGGAGGAAAGUCUAAUAAUAAAAUUCCUUAUCUCACCAA